GGGCUGAAGAAGGCGUCGGUGGCGGCGAAAUACGGCAUUUCCGACACGACCGUGUCGACCAUCUACAAGAACAAGGACAAACUGCAGCAGCAACUGCAGCAAGAUUCGUCUUCCCUGUCACGGAAGAGAAUACGUACGUCGAAAUAUGAAGACGUGGACGCAGCGCUGUUCAGGUGGUUCCGCGAAGUUAGGGCUCAGAGCAUCCCAGUAAGUGGCCCCAUGCUCCAACAAAAGGCCAAGUCUCUCAGAGCUCUCUUAGGCCACAACGACUUCAAUCCACUUAACGGGUGGAUCCAGCGUUUCAAAGAUCGCCAUGGCAUCAGCUGCAAAGUGGUGUGAGGAGAAAGCGGCGAUGUCGACGACGAGUCUAUCGAAGUCUGGCUUCGCUUAAACUUGAAGAGUAUGCUGUCCACCUAUACUGACAGGGACAUUUAUAAUGCCGAUGAAGCUGGCUUAUUUUAUAACCUUUUGCCCAACCGCACGCUUGCGCUGAAAGGCGAGGCCUGCUCCGGCCGCAAGGUCUCAAAGGAGCGCAUAACUGUAUUGUUUUGCGCUAAUUUGGACGGGAGCGACAAGCGCCGCCUCUUUGUCAUAGGUAAAUCGGCAAGGCCACGUUGCUUUAAAAAGCGAGAGUGCCUGCCAGUGACCUACAAAGCCAAUAAAAAGGCGUGGAUGACGCAGGAUUUGUUCACCAGCUGGCUUUGCAAGUUUGAUGAGGAUAUGGUGGCAGAGAAGCGACGGGUCAUACUUAUCCUCGACAACUGCACGGCCCACAACGUCAAGCCGAAAUUGAGCGCCGUCAACCUAAAGUUUUUGCCUGCCAACACGACAGCAAAAAGUCAACCUCUCGACCAGGGUGUCAUCGCAACCGUAAAGGCUCUGUACAAAAAGCGCAUUUGCGAGAGAGUUUUGCUGAGCAUGCAGCAGCAGCAGCCUCUUAAAGUGAACUUAAGGGGCGCAAUUGACAUGAUGGUCGCUUCAUGGUGGCAGGUAAAGGCCGAUACCUUAAGCAAGUGUUUCAAGAGGGCAGGCUUCGUGCGCAAUGCAGAGACUCUGGAAGAUGAUGAGCAGAGCGACACUUCGCUCGCCAAUGAGACCCUCAACACUGACGACGUGUGGUCCGGCCUCAUUGACAGCAACUUUGUAACCGCCACCGACACUUUCCAAGAACUUGUCGAUGCCGGGGAGUCGGAGCUUUCUGUCUGCGAGGAAGCGAGCACAGAUGACGCGAUCUCGGACGGCGAAGACGAGGUCGACCCGACGCCAGAACCAGAUUUCUCGUGCAAAGACGCGUUGGAAUACCUCGCAAAAGUGAAAACGUACUGCGCAAAGAAGAGUUUGAGCGAGAAAUCGCUUCAGUGCUUAAGCUUUGUAGAGGACGAAAUUGUUCGUAGCGCUGUUCACAAGCAUCGCCAGACGAAAAUAACGGCGUUCUUCCGUUGAUGCCGGACUUGAGAACUUCGUUUCCGUGCUGUGUUGUGAUUGUGUUGAAUGUGUCUACGAGUGAAAAGUGUAGUAAAGUGCUUUUGAAAGGUGGGUUGCUCUUUUGGCAUAGGCAAAGGCCGAAAAAAGCAUGCUUUGGUUAUAACGCGGUACUGCUUAUAGCGCGGAUUUUUACAACUCCCGUGACUUACGUUAUAAGCGGUCUACACUGUAAUGACAGU